AAAAACUGAGAGGAGAACAACUUGCCCAUGGCUGAGACAGUUCCUUUAUUUGCUUUUGUAUGAGAGAGUGAAAGCGGCAACAGCACACAUAGCACAGCAGUUGGCAACUUGCAGUACUUCCUCAUCCUGACUGCUGUAUGGAGGUGAAAGCCAUUGCUCCUGGCCCUGCAUUUCCCCCCGCAGCCUCUUUAGAGCAUAACAACAGAGAAAUAUUUUGUUCAUUUUUGCUGCAAGGAACUCAGGCACAAGGUAGACUAUAGGACAGCGCCCAGCACCAAAAACGUGUAGUCCGCUGACACCUAGCCAUGAUGAAAGCGGGCGCCACCAAAGUGGGGCUGCCCAAGCCUGGACUCCAGGAACGAGUAAGGCAGGCCCCCUCAACGUCCUCUGCCUCCACCACCUCCUCAGCCAUGAAGACCUCCAGAUCCUCCAACACGUUGGCCUCAGAUCAGCGCCUUAGCAAGCUGAAAAGAGCCAGCAGUGAUGAUGCCUUGACAAAGCCUCCACCAGGAGCUACUGCCUCCGGUUCCCGGAUGAAGAAGACUGUGACUACAGGAGCCAUUUCUGAUCUCGCUGAGGCCCGCCCUCGCAGCUUGUCAGGUGCACAAACUGUCAAGAAGUCUGGAAUCCCUGCUCCUAGAGAAAUGCCCUCUGCCAUAACAAGAGACCGCAGCUCUCUAAGGGACCAGCUGAAGAGCAAUUCCACAAAGAGACUGGUUUCCAGUGCCAGCACUUCCAGCCUCUCGACCAUGACAAGACAGACCCGUAAUUCAGCCAAAUCUCGUGCAGAUGCAGAGGGCCAAGAAAAGAGUAUUCUGGAAAGCCAGGUGAAGGAGCUUCUUGCUGAGGCAAAGGCUAAAGACCUAGAGAUCAGCAAUCUCAGGAUGGAGUUGCAACGCUGUAAGGGUAAAGCCUCUUCUGCUUCCUCCUCACCCUCAUCCAAUUCUGUUUCACCUCAAGAACCUGCAGCCGAUCGCGAGCAAGGACAGGUGGGGGAGGCCCUUGUGCUGGUUGGAGAGCUGAGGGAGAAGAAUGGGAAGUUUCAGAGGGAGCUGGCAGCCCUCAGAGAGGAGAAUCAGGCACUGAAGGAGAAGCUGCUUAGCUUGGAGGCAUCUUCUAUCUGUAGUACAAACACAAGCACUUCCUCCAAGCCUCUGGUGAAUGGCCUGUCCUCAGACUCUUCAGCUCCGCAACAGCAUAGUCUCCCCUCUACUGCCAGCCCACUCAAAACCUCUGGAUCUUCCAGUUCUGACAUCACCAAGGGGUCACCGUCACCUGACUCCUCAGAGUUUGAGAAGAUCCCAUCACGCUCAGAAUCAGCAAGCAGUGGUGUCAGUGGGAGCACUGAUCAAGCAGGCGCAGUUAACAGUGCCAGAGGUCAGGACAUCUCCUUGCAGAGCCUAACCGAACAGAUUCACAAGAUGGAGGAGAGCCACCACAGCACAUCGGAGGAACUGCAGGCAACAAUACAGGAGCUGGCUGACCAGCAGCAAGUGGUGCAGGAGCUGACAGCUGAGAACGAGCGUCUGGUUGAGGAGAAACGACUCCUGCAGACCUCACUUCAACAGCAGAGAGAGCGUCUGGAGGUAUUGGCCCAAAAGAAUGAAACGCUCUCUGUCCGGCUUCAGGAGCAGGCUCAGGCUCAGGCCCAGAGGGAGGAGGAGCUGGGUAGCCAGAGGCCUAGACUGGUUGAACUGGAGCAGAGGUAUGCUGAGCUGGUAGAGAGUUCACGCUUUGAACGGGAGAAGCUAGUAGACAUCCAGCAGCAACUAACGGGCAGCUUGCGGGCCCUGGAGGAGGAGCACCAGGAGGCCCAGAGCCAGGUGCGCUGCCUCAGAGAGGAGUUAGACAGGUUGCAAGCCCAGUUGGACAGAGAGCUGGAAGCCGGAGGUCAGGCAGCUCAAGCUGCAGAAGACCAGAGGGCAACAGCUGAGGGUCUGAGACUGGAAAACAACAGGUUGAAGGCACAGGUGGACAUUGAGAGGCAAAAAGUGACUGAGUUGAAGGCUAUGCAAAGUGCCAGUGACAACACUGAGCUGCAGACUCUGCUGAAGACAGCCCACACUGAGAGAGACAAGCUGGGAGUGGAGCUGACAGAACUAAGACAGGAGCUGCUUCAGGCGCAGGCUGAGACUGAGCAUGUGCAAGCCUCCGUGUCUAAGGUGGAGGCAAAAUGUCAGCAGCUUCAGGAGCGGGCUGAAAAGAGAGAACUGGAGCUAUGUAACCAAGUGGCUUCCCUGGAGGAAGCGGGAAUCCAGGGUGAGAACCAGGUGAAGGAGAUGAAGGAGACCAUAUUUGAGCUGGAGGACCAGGUGGAGCAGCAGAGGGCUGUUAACUGUCACACCAACCAGGCUGUCCUGGACAUGGAAAAUCUGGUCAAAAAGCUGGAGGAGCAGAAGGCUGAAGCAGAGCGGCAACUGAAAGUUAUGAGUAGACAAAUGAAGGAUGAAAAGGAGGAGUGGCGUCGUUUUCAGGCAGACCUCCAGACGGCUGUGGUCGUAGCGAAUGAUAUCAAGGUGGAAGCUCAACAGGAGCUGCGCACACUCAGGAGGGAGCUGCAGGAGGAGCAGGAUCGUAAUGCAAAGCUUUCUGCAGACCUUGAGGCCCUGCAGGGAGUCAGGUCCCAAGGUGAAGAGGCGAGAGUGUCUGACUCGGAUAACGGCCGUCACUGGUGCGGCAUCUCCAUGAUCCCAGCCACGCCCGCCGACGCCAGCGGAGAUUCCAACACAGAGCCUGGAGCUACUGUCAAAUCCCUCAUUAAGUCCUUUGAUACUGUUGGACAAAAUGGGCCAGGUCACACGGUUCAAAUGCAUUCCUCCUCAAGAAGCCCACUGAGUGGGAUCCCUGUGCGCACUGCACCUGCUGCUGCUGUAUCCCCCAUCCAGAGACACUCGCACAUAAAGCCACUAUCAAAGACACUGGAAAAAAGAAUUAAUCACGGAGAAUUCUCCCAUCCUCAUGACAAAUUGGCGAGCUGCAGGGAAGACCUGAAACCUAACAGCCUUAUGAGGAAAAGCCCGUCACUGGAGUCUGUAAUCAAAACCUCUGCCUCCCUCAGCAGCCGCACGCCAUCCUUCAGCUACAACCGAGGAAGCAGCAAGCUCAGUGUGGAAAGAAAGGACCCCUUGGCUGCACUGGCGCGGGAGUACGGAGGAUCUAAGAGAAAUGCUCUACUGAAGUGGUGCCAGAAGAAAACAGAAGGCUAUCCGAAUAUCGAUGUGACCAACUUCAGCAGCAGUUGGAAUGAUGGCCUGGCUUUCUGUGCCCUAUUGCACACAUAUCUGCCUGCCCACAUCCCUUACCACGAACUCAUCAGUCAAGAUAAGGUCCGGAAUCUGACUCUAGCUUUCCAGGCAGCUGAGAGCAUUGGCAUCAAACCCUCCCUGGGCGCGGCACCUAAUGGACAAGACUCUCAUGAUAACCCAGUGCUCAGGUAUUCCAAAGCUGUCUGGGUAGAGGUGCACAAGUUGUGUGGAGCAUCUCAUCUAAGACAACCUUAUGCCUCGCUAUGGAACAAUAUUGCUGUACGGAUUGGGCGGAAAACUGUGUUCUGGAAGGAAUGGCUUGUCAAAGGCAUACGCAGGAUAAGUGAUCUUUACUCAGGGGGAGUGUUUAUGUCAUUUGCUGAAAUAACCCGAAAAUACGGUUUGAUAAGAGAAAAUAAUUUUUGGAAAUAUUUACAAAUAAGGGAUUGUGUUACCAAAGGAAAAUUUGCUCAAAGCUCGAAUAUGGUGGUGGAGUUUUUAGAAUUGUCCAGUACAGCACAUAGGGCGGCUGUUUUCUACAAACUGUUUAACAAUCCAAAAAAAGAGAUAUGUGAAAACUUGAGGAUUAUAUGGCAGAGGGAUCUGGGUUGUGCAAUUUCUAAAGAAGACUGGCGCAGAAUUUUGUCAUUCUCUGAUAAGUAUAUAAGGGAGGCCAGGGGUAAAUUUACUCAGUAUAAAUUAAUACACAGGUGGUACUUCACUCCAUCCAAACUUUAUAGAAUGGGAAUUAGUCCCAGUAAUGUAUGCUGGAAAUGUAGUUCAGAUCCAGGGACAUUUAUACAUGCUAUUUGGGAAUGUGGGAAAGUUUAUCCCUUUUGGCAAAAAGUGUUGGACAAAAUAGGAAGGUGGAUUGGUUUGAUGAUACCCCUGUCACCAAGACUGUGCUUAUUAGGGGAUCGGUCGGUGUUACCUGGGGUUUCAAAAUAUGACUUUGUGGUUAUAAAGGUGGGGGUGAUCGCAGCGGCUCGAGUUAUUCUGAGUGUAUGGAAGGAACCAUCUCCUCCAGAAUAUAAUAGGUGGAAAGAAACUAUGCUGAAAAUGGUGUCGUAUGAAAAACUCUUGGCUAGGAUUAAUGAUGAUAGGGAGGGUUUUGACAAAUCGUGGGGACGUGUUUUUGGCUGAGAUGGUUGGAACUUAUUUGGUCAGGGCAAUUAUCUUUAGUUAUGUUGUACGCUUGCUGCACUGUUUGUUUGUGUAGGCACUCAGUAAGGGAAUGACUUAAAGAUUUGAGUUAACUGUCCUUUUUUUUUUUUUUUUUUUUUUUUUUUUUACGGGUGUAC